GAGAGCUACAAAUUCGUUAACUGCAAUUCGUCGACUGCAGCUGCUGCUGACCUGGUAACGUCCCGUGCCCUUUAGGCAUGCGUGCCUACAUCCUCGGGGCUGCAGUGUCAGUGGCAUUGGGGCUGAACUAUGUAGGUGCGAAGGAGCAGCCGCGGGCCAGGCGCCCGCGCCGCCUCCAAGGGUAUCCAGCGUGCUGCGUCGAGCACUCGUACUGGGCCAACGGCGAGGUAAUGGCGACGACGUGCUACGGCGGCCGCUCGCCGUGGGACGCCGCCACGAUGACCGACCUGUGCACGGCGGGCUAUUCGGAAGCCGGCGAGGUGGCGCCGCCCUUCCGCGAUUGCAGGCAGGAGGCGGUCGACGCGGGGAACUGCGAACAAAACUGCGCGGAGUGUGAUCAUAACGUUGGGAGGUACUUCGCGAACGUCGGCUACGCGUCGUGCCCCGACUGGGUGGUCGACGCCAUGAACGCGGAGGGGGCCGCCGGCGGCCAGUGCGCGGCUUGGACCCUCGGCUACGAGAACGCCUGCCGCGAGUGGGGCUACCCCACGGAGGGCGAAUGGAAUGUGGACGAGGACUGCUGCGCGGGCCUGAAACAGAUGGCGUGCGCCGACGGCUACCGGCUCGAGAACACGGGGAAUGUUUGCCACGAGGACGACUGCACCACUGCGUACGAGUACCACUGCAUCGCGUGUGACCCGGCCUCGGAUUGCAUGGGGAACCUCGAUGAGGACGGCGAGGACUACGGCUGCGAGGAGAACGCCUGCCGCGAGUGGGGCUACCCCAAGGAGGGCGAAUGGAAUGUGGACGAGGACUGCUGCGCGGGCAAGAAACAGAUGGCGUGCGCCGACGGCUACCGGCUCGAGAACACAGGGAAUGUUUGCUACGACGAGGAUUGCACUGCGUACGACUACCACUGCAUCGCGUGCGACCCGGCGUCGGCUUGCAUGGGGAACCUCGAUGAGGACGGCGAGGACUACGACUGCGAUAACGUCGGCCUCCUCAUCCUCAUCAUCUGUUUGCCCAUUGGCGUCGUCCUCAUUUGCAUCGGCGUCGGCUGCUGCAUAUGCCAUCGCCGACGGCAGGCACAACAAAGGCAGGCGCAGGCGGCCGCGAACGCCCAGAUGGCGCACGUCCAAAUGGCCCCGGCGGCCGCGAACGCCCAGAUGGCGCACGUCCAAAUGGCCCCGGUGCCGAAGAGCUAUGCGUAUAAUACGCAACAGCCGGUCGUGCAGGGCGCCAUUGUCGGGCAGGGCGCCAUUGUCGGGGAGCAGCAGCCCGUCCUCGAGGGCGUCGUCGUUCCGAGCGCGCCGCCUAUUGAGGCGCCGGAGGAGAUGCCGCCGCCAUGGGCGCCGCCGGCGGAGGAGAUGCCGCCGCCGGCGCCGCCUCGCAUCUUCUGCAGUGCUUGCGGUGCCCCGGUCCAGGGCCCGUUCUGCGGGCAGUGCGGCACGCGCGCGUAGCAAUGUUGCUUUGCUUAGAGCUAGGCCGCCUAGCCGCCGGCCGCCCGCCGCGGGGAACGCUGUUCUCUCUACAAUUUUGUAAAUAAGAU